GUGCACUAGUCUGUCUUAGAGCGUGUCGCGAUCGUUCAGUUCCUCUUGUGGAUUCCUUUAUAGUACAGAGCAAACUCUUGCUCUUAGCUUUAAGAUUUUUUUCUUUAUAGUUUAUCUCCUUUUCGCCCCUUUCAUCUGGCUCUGUAAAAUUUUCCUAACACGUCGCGAAAGAUGAAGCUUCGAAACAGAAUUCCAACACGAGCGCGUCCUUCACGAUGUUCACUGCUCGCGUUACCAGAAGAAGUCGUUCUUCUCAUUUUGAAGCGUUUAACAGCCAAUGAGCUUAUGUGCUUGAGAAUGGUAGGUAUACAAACCUUGGUUUCUGCCCUGUGAAUGAGAAAUAUAUGUUUACUUUUUGUCUAAAAUGGCAAGGUUUUCGCGACCGUUGGAAGGUAGAGGACGCGGUCUUCGUCAGACCGUUAAACGUUCGUUUUGUUGUUGAUUUCAUUCGUUGUGUGUAUUUAUCCUUUUUGUAGGUCUGUUCGAGGUUAAAAAGUGUUAUUGAUGACUCGCCUACUCUUUGGGUGUCAGCAUCAUUUCUUGGAGUUUGGCCAUCGCUCAAAAAUCUUCCACUUUUAAAAAGGUUUGCCAUUGUUCUAUGUAACGGAAUUCAGAGGUUUGCGCGGCGUCAUUCGAAUUUUACCCCUUUCCUUAAGCGCGCCUGUGAUUUUAAAAUGUUUGAAAUAUAAUAGAUAGGUCUUCUCUGACAGUUAAUUCUUAUUAUGAUAAAACACUAUGAAAAUUUUAUGUUACUGCUUUUUUGGUAAUUUCUAGGGCUGCAGGUGUUGGUAAUCCCGAAGCUCUCAUCAAGCUAGGACUUGCUCAUUUGUAUAAUGAAGGAAGUAUGUACUGAGCAAUAAGCGUAUAUCUGUUUGUCUACACCAAAAAAAUAAGAUUUUUUAUCUCUUCCUCUCUAAUAAAGAAGAGAGUUUUACGAGACAAUUUACAGUUGGCGUACAUUUCACACAAAUGAUGUAAGUUUCAUCAAGAAGCUUUUAUUAAGUGACACGUACAGGGGGAAUCUCUUAGGAGGUUUUUUUGUGUUCAUGAUCUGUUGAUCACUGUUUCUACAAUUGAACUACAGUUUACUCUGUCUUAGACGGACACCUAUGGCACUAUGUGUGCAGCUUAGAGAGGUGUCUGUCUUGUAGACAGUAAAUUUAAAGGAGUAGAAAAAGGCAGGGAUCAUCCCCAGGUGUCCGUUUUACAGAGGUGUCCAUUCUGUAGAGUUGUCUGUUGAGAGAGAGUAUGUGUGUUCAACAACAAUGUUGUGCCAUGUAAAUAAUUGGUCUAAGGCACAGUUGCCCAUCUCAGCAAGGUGGCCACCCUUACAGAAACCCGAAGUCAAAAAAAUUUAAGUCAGUGAAAAACACCACGGACCAAGUCUUGACAUCGGCUUUUGGGAAGGGUCCAAUUUGAUAUCAAAUAAUCACAGAGAGUCAAAGAAAAAUGACUGAAGAAUGGCAUGAAAAGACUCUAGGUCAAAGUGUCUUGGAGGUGUCUGCAUAGAUAUGUCUGCCAUUUUUUUUAACUGUAUCUUCAUCUUUUAGUUUCAGAAAAUGGAGAUAAAGGUGUUGUGAAUGCAAAAGAAAAUGGCUGCUUAGCUGCAGAAUUUUUCUUCAAGGCUGAGUGCAACAUUCCAAAUGGUGCACCGUUUACUUGGUUUUUUGUGCGUCCCCCCUGGGCGCCAUCUGGUGUGUGCUGUAAAUCCUGUGUUUUUAGCAGUAUGGUGGAACUUUCUUCAAAUUCUAGCGUAAGUUUAGUCUACAUAAAACAUUAAACAAGGUAUCUAGUGACAAGUUCAAGGAAAACGUACAGGCAUCUAUAUGUAAGAGCCCCUACUCUUGACCCGUUAAGUCCCAUCAGUGAUGACAAAUAAUUUUCUCUAUACAAUGUCAAUACAAAUUCAAGAAGAAGAAAGGCUACAAAAAUCAUCUUCAAAGGGAAAAUGCUUUUGAUCUUUCAGCAAGUUCCCUCAACUUAGUGUACAAAAAAAGGUUGGAGAUCAAUUUGGGGAAUUUGUUUUUGGGACUUAAAGGGUCAGCACUGUCUUCUAACCACUUCUACGAGCAUGAACCUUUAAGUUAGCUGCUUGCAAAGGAAACAAAAGAACUUCUUAGGGGAUCAAUUCCCUACUUACUAAUUGAAAUAGUUCUUAUUGACAGCACUGGGGCUAUCGCCCAUCCCAUAGUCAUAAUAUUGACUCCUGAAUCCUCCACAAAAUAAGACGCAUUUUUUUAUCACAAGAUCAAAAAUAGCCUGCAUUGCAGACAUAAUCAAGUAGUAAACUACCCAUAAACCUACACAGAAGCAUUUUGUGAUACAUUAACCCUUUAAGUGCCAAUAGUGACCAACAACAAUUUUCUCCUAACAAUAUUCAUACACUGUCAAGAGAUAAAGUUAUGAGAAUUAAUAAAAUGUUCAUCAUAGAGAAAAUUCCAUUAUCUUUUAUCAAAUUCUCUCCGCUAAUUCUUAAAGGAGAUGUAUGGAGAUCAGUUUGGAGAAUUUGUAUGUGGAUAUUGGGGCUUAAAGGGUUAAGCUUAACAAGCUCCUUUAUCUGAAACUACAGCCACACCCUGCGUCACGUACACCCGGUUAAUAUGGGCACCUUGUUAUUACGUCCGUAUUAACAGGGUUUGAUUUUACUCUGUUCACUCAUGUGUAACACUGUACACCCUCAUCAUACAAAGCCACUUACACUGUACCGGGUAGAAACUGUGUUCAACUUUUUAAUCAUCAGGUAAACAAGUCAGUGUUGUACUGUGUAGGGAAAAUUCUAAGUUUACAUGAGGUAUGUAUUUUUUUAAAAUAAAUUAAAAUGCUUUUUAAGUUGGCUGUUUUUUUCUAUAGAUUUUUUUAAUUUCCAAAGCAAACCAAAUGGCCCUUAGAUAACUGGAUUAACAGGAUUCAAAGAUUGUACAGUUUUUUGUCAGUUGUAAAUUUAUGUGCUGUUAUACACAAAGGAUUGAGGACAUAAUAUUGAACAUUGACAAUUAAGGCCUGAAAAUUAAAUAUUUGCCCAUUUACAAUAAAUUAUUACUAUGCAGCACUAUUUAAUUAAAUUUCCUAGAGUGUGAAGUCACUGCACAAGCACAUUGACUUCAAGAGAUAAUUGACCUCAAAAAACCGCCCACACUGCCUCGUCCCAAUUCGCUCGCGAUCAUUUUUGGGGGGAUAUUUGAGUUAAUUAUUAAGGAAAGCGGGGACGAAGUAGAGUGGUAGGAAUUCCCAUCAUCCCCCUCUCGUGCUUCUUGUUUGCCUUGAGCUCUCGUGUAUUCCCUACUGAGCCUUAGGAAAGCCUCUAGAGGAGGAAGCCACCAACAUCCAGCGACUGACACUGUCUCUCCACCAUGAUGGGGGUGGUGUUUAGCACUGUGACAUUGUCACACUCGGACAAAGUUUGGCAUACCUGCUGAACAAAAUCACUGUUAGAUUCAAGUUUGCAGGACUCAAAUGUUAGCCUCCCAAGCAGAUGUUCUUAGGGGUUCCUGACACGUUCCUGCCCCAUGUGAGGCAGGAACAUGUGACAAACUCCUAAGAACGUCUGCGUGGGAGGCUACUCAAAUGUGCAAUUUGUAAAGUUUUAAUGGUUUCAAAUAUUACAACACUGACCUUAUAUUUUGGAAUAAAUGUUGUGGUUUAAUUUUAUCCUUGGUUUAAUUUUUAUUCCCUUUUGUUUUUAGGUGUGGUAAUGUAUAAUGAUAAGUUUGACACAAAAGAAAAUAAAAAUUAAACCAAGGACAAAACUGAACCGUUACAGAAAAAAUGGGUUCCUUUAAAGCUAUUUAUUUAAAAAAAAUCAUUUCAGGAUGAAAUUAAAAAAGAGGAAAGCUUAGGGUGGCUCAAAAAUGCUGCGAGCCAGGGAUCUUCCCACGCUGCCUUCGAACUGUGGAAGAUGCGUUAUUGUCAGGGACCACUAGAACCUUAUUCAAGACUGGAGAGACUCAGAGAACUACGAGACUGUGCCAAAAACAAUCACCCGGAUGCCCAACUGACCCUCGCUCUUGAAUAUGCACAAGGAAACCUUGGAGGGGUUACUAAAUCACAAGUAGCAGAGUUUAUCUCACAGGUUAGAAUCAUAUGAGGGAUAGCCUUCCAGUCACAGGUGUCCUAUAGUUCUAAUGAAUCAGUUAUUUAACGCGACUAGCCGUAAAGUCUCACUUUUCACUUCAAGUUUUCUACAAGAAAGGUCCUGAACUCGUACCCCAAUUCAGCCGCCAUCUUGGAUUUUCAACUGUUACACAGUCUCCCACUCGGUCAUUAUUGUCCGUGGAGAUAUAUUCCUCUUAAGCAAUGAUUUCUGCACUGAAUUUCUGCGCAAAAUAUAUGUUAAAAAACGUUUUCAAUGAUAUUGCUUGAGCUUUGUCGUUUUAAUUAAUCUUGAGUUGUGUCUUUUUGUUUUCUUUUCAGUUUGUUUCCAGAUCAAAGGCACAAAACAGUCACAAGCUUUUCAGUUUUCAGACAGAACUGAACAGCACUAUGAGGUGGGGUUAUUUUGCUUAUCCAUGUGGAUAAAUCCAAGGGUAUACAUAAUCUGAAUGUGUGCUGUGAUUAUUUUGUAGGUAUAUCUUGGUUGACUGGCUGGUAGAAGUUGCAGUCAUGAAGGUUUGUUUUGUUUUAGUUUAGUUGGCUGCUCUUAAACACUAUAGGCAGGUAUCAAAAGUGGAGGGAUUGGGGAGAGAAGGCUUUCCCUUUCCCACUUUUCUCCCCCUCCCCCUUUUGUUGCCUCCACGCAGGCUAGAACACAAAUGUAUAACUUGCAAAUCGAAACACCAACAUUGCCCAUGGUGUUUUCCUGGGGUGUAAUGUCCCUGUUUGAAAGAUACCUGAGUUGUGCUUAUUGAUGUACUUGACUAGACUCUGGGCAAGUUCUCCAAAGCUUAGCCUGAGAAAACAGCCAACGUUUUGCGACACCACCAAAGGUUUCCCUACGAAAUGAUGUCUAACCAAGCGCAGAAAUUCCAUACCGAUGAUGUGUCACUACCCAGAUAUGGGUUGUGGCACGUCAUCAGUAUUGAACGUCUUCACUCGUUUCUCAGGCCAUCCAAAGCUCUCAAGAACAAAGGCUCAGCAUCUAAGCAAUAAUGGGAGGGAAAAAAAUGGAUAGGAAAAAUUAGAUGCAUGGAAUUGUAACUCUUGUGUGAGCUUGUAACAAAAAAGGCCCUGGGUUUAAUUUGCUGGUGCAGGUGUAACAUAAGGCAUUAGGAUUAACGUUAAACCCUCUGCUUAUCAAGGUAUACAGAUGAAUCCCACUAUAGUAUUCCACAAACUUGUGGUGAUAAUAUUUUCUAUAGCAACUAACUCUUACUACAUGUACAUUUAUCUAUAAUAUUUCAGGAUUUCCCCAGCCAGAUUGUUCACAUUGCUGUGAGCUGUGUAGAUAAGUAUUUAAUGAGGCGCAAGGUGCAAAGAUCAGAGCUUCAACUCCUUGGAAUUACCUGCAUGCUGGUAGCAGCAAGGUUUGUGUUCAUGGAGAUAUUAAACUACAGUUGUUACAGUUUUUAACAUGCCAAUCUGUGUGCAAAGAAAGUCAUGUCCAAUAGAACUGUAGUCAAUCUUGCUGGUCAAGAAUUUCUUUAGGGGGCUAGUGAAAAUAACUCUUUGGCAAUUACAUGCUAUUUACAGCUUCCCUGUAAGACUCUCUUUGGAUGAUAUGUGGAAAGGCUUGACUCUCUUUGCACCCUCAGGGCUGUCGUUAAGAGGCGGGGGCUGGGGAUUUCCCCCAGUUACUUUCAAAGGAAAAUAAAGGAAAAAUAGAACCGAAAGAAAUUCCUAGCUGUUUGAUUCCCCGCCUACUUGUUGUAUUUACCCGACAACUUGAAAUCUUAGUGACAACCCUGACCCUGGUCAAACCCAAUUUGGUCAGCGAGGAUGGUGAAUGCCCCUAACCCCACCCCAACCCUCCACCAACCUCCUUUAGUUUGUGUCCCGGCUGACUGCAGUGAUAGCAGAAUCAAUGUUUUGUGUUUCUUGACAGUCCUCUGGCUUGCUUCAAGUAGGUUUUAAUCUAUGAGAGGUCUUUUUUCUUUAAAGGUUUCAAGGAACAGACAUCGUGACUAUUAGGGAAGCUGCUUGGCUUACAGAUGGCACAUAUAAAUAUGAAGAAGUUGUCAGGUAAAUUAAAAAUUGUUUGAAUGACUAUUUCAGUGGAUAUGGCUGACUCUUGUUAACACUGCAGCUUUAUGUCUUUCUUCUUCUCUGAGUGCUCAAGUGAUUUUCUCUGUUUGUGAUCAUUUUUUUUUCCUUUUUGCAGAAUGAUGGGUGAAGUUAUGUCCUGUAUCAAAGGCCAAGUUAGAGUAUGUUAUAUGAAACUUGCAGUUUUAAUUUAUGUUUUUGUCAGAAUAAGUUUCAAUAUUCCAGCAGCUAAAUUGACCCCAAUCUAAAAUUAAGGUCUUGUUAGAGUGCUUAUUUUCUUAAAAAAAAUAAUAAAUGGACGAACACUCCUGCUGAAAUGAAAAUUAUGUUUCAGUUGUGGUUUUGAAGGGGAUAAAAAAUCCCACAUGUCAUCCUUUAAGCAGGGAGCAGUGGUGACAGCACUCUCCUCUUACCAAUGUUGCCCAGGUUCAAAUACUGUCCGUUGCAUCUAAGCGUGUACACGUGACAAAAAAUUGUGUUCUAAUAAUAUGGGGUGAAAAUAAGACAUGUUUUGCCACCAAACUGUUGAAGUUUGGGGUGGCUUUAUACGAAUAAUCAUGUGGAAAGUAGGUAGCUGUUAGUCAGCUUGAUUUGUUUUCGAUCAACAAAAUAUUCAUGGCAUUAAGAAGAAAUUAGGGAGAUAAAAAAGAUGAGCAGAAUGUGCUGAUCAAAAACAUGUAAACAACUUAACCUUUGGCACGACAGUUUGCUUUGACGGCCGUCAAAAUUCAAAUGUUUGACCGCAAAACAUGUCAUGUCUGGCAGUGACCCUAUUAGAAUAUGUUUUUUUGUCUUGUGUCCACGCUUAGAUGCACCCGAUGGUACCAGCGUGGACACCAUAUGUAGGUUGAAUAUGUUGUUGGUUUUCUUCUCUGAGAGUUUGCCCUCUCCUCAAAAUGCAGCAUUUCCAAAUUUCUAUUAAACCAGGAACCAUAGACAAAGAACCAUUUUGUGGAUGUGCUACCUCUAAAUAGUUAAUAUUUUUUAUUUAUUUAUGAAGCAUGAUAUCAAUAUUGAUUUCAUGCAUUUCUUUGAAAUGUGGGAGUUGACACUGGAUAUUUCUUCUUCUUUUUUCAGGUCUUAACCAUACCCGAUUUCCUGAAGUUAUUUUGUUCACUUGCUGCAGUAAGUAAGAGUUUUGUUUUCAAACUUAUAAUAAGUGUUUACUGUGAGCCAACCAUGGGACUCUUAAAGUGGCAUCCCUUGCAGUAAAAAUUUGCUGUACAAAAUUAAAUAAUGUUGUGUUUUCUUGAAAUGGGCCAUGUUUUUUACACCCUGUCUAGAAUUGGGUGCCGUCCGGGACUAAAAGUGAUACCCUGUUCUAAAAUUAGAAAUGGGCCAAUUGUUUAUACUCCGUUCUAGAAAGUUUGUAAAUUGAAAUAGUCCUGUUUUUUUAAAAAGAUAUUUCUUUAUUUGUUCGACUUAUACAUCAAAUAAAUGCUUCUUCAUAAUCAGCAACAAUUUUAAGCAGAAGAUAAAGCCGUGAUUCACAAUUUUUUAUACCCCAUUCUAGAAAACGCCUCUGAAAUGGAUACCCCGUUGGGCGGCACAUACCCGUAUAGGUAAUGACGGGAGUACCCCCCCCCCCUCCCCCCUCCUGGUACUUACCAUAAAAGUCCAAAAAAUAAACUCCAAGGCUCAUUAACUUUUCAAAGGCCUUUUUUGAGGGGCUUCUCAUUUUGAUUGGAUAAUUUUGGAAAAUAUUUUAUCCUAAAAACAGCUGGUCUUAUAAUAAUCAAAAGUUAAUUUGUGUCAGUAAUUUUUCAGUGGGUAAAUUGUAAUAUAUUGAGGCAUUGACUUCAAGCAUUACAGAACUUUAUUAAAAAUAAAAUACAGUACCUAUCAUAAAAUAAUGGGAACACAAUGAUUUCAGUACCGCAAGUAUUCUGAACCACAUCUUUGGUUAGAACAUACAAACAUAGGCUGCACUUAUGGUUACCAAUAUGUAACAACAGAGUGUGCAAUACUCAGUAAAUGAGUUUUGGGGAAAUUUCAUGUUCAGGUAACCUGAGUAAACAACAGACAUUAAGCUAUGCCUCUAUUUUUUUCCUUGCAAAAUGUGGUCAGAGGAACAAGCACAGAAAUUCCAUACUGAUGGUGUGUCACUUCCCUGAUCUGGGUAGCACUUCUCAUUUGUCCUGCCAAGAGCAAAAUUUGCUUUUGAACCAAUCAGAAGCACUACCCAUAUCUGGGUAGUAACUCGUCAUUGGUUUGGAAUUUCUGUGGUUAUUCCUCUAACAUCACCAGUGGGCAACCAGUGGUUGGGGGAAGGAGUAACGUGCAAAGAAAGUCGUGUCCGAUAGCCCAGGGCUAGUGGAUUUUGCUAUAGGGCUAGUGAUUUUUGUUCUUAACUUGCCCGACGGGCAAGUACUGUUUUGCGGGGAAAUUCAAAUUACAGAAGGAUUGUUAGUAAUCAAUCCUGCUAAUCAAAAAGGGUUUUAGGGCUAUUUGAAAUGACUUGUUUGCUAGUGCAUGCUAGCUGCAGCUUGCCCGAAUGGCAGGCUGUAAGACUGACUUUCUUUGCACCCUGAGGAGGCUUCUAUUCAUAGGAGCUUGAUGUAUUCAAAUAUGGCAUUAUAAUUUUAUUUACCUGACAUUAUCUGAAUAUUCCUUUUCAGGUUAGUCAGAAGACUGAAUGUAUUGCAGGAUAUGUAGGCGAUUUAUCAAUUUUACACACUGAAUGUGGAAGGUAAGGUUUCUUUUUAGUCCCUUCAAAAAUUUGAUCAUUUCUUUAUUCCUUAAGAUCAAGCAAAAUUCAAAAUUAUUUUUAUUUUAUUCAUUUUAUUUAUUCGUUUAUUUAUUGUUGGUUUUAGUAUUUACUUUUAAUGUUGCCUGGAAAACAAUGUUUUUGUUAUUUUUCAUGUUUCAUUUGUAUUUAUCCUGGUUCUUAUGCUUUGUGAUUUUAUCUCUUCUGUAGGUUUUCACCUGCAUUAACUGCUGCUUCUGCGGUUUUAUUAGCAAACUCAAUUCAACAAAUUGGUAAGUGCUUUUUUGCUGCAGUCAGAAGAGUAAUUAGUGUUGAAAGAACUUUAAAUUGCCAGUAGACAGUUGUAUAUAAUGUGUGCUGUAUUUGAUGUGUAGAUAUUGCAUGACACUUUUUGUCCAGGUGGUUCAAAGCUGGUUAAAGAUAACCCAGGGGUGGUGAAAAAUUUGAAUUGAAAUAUAUGAAAGCUCGAAAAGCAAAUUCAACUUUUAAAUUUUUUUGUCUAGAUACAAUAAUGAUUAUUUAAUGAUUCGAUGCUGUAGAAGGAAUCGCAAAAAUUGUCCCAGAAAAUUUUUUUGAGCAAAGAAUAAACAACCUGGACUAAAAUUUAACCCAGCUUUGGAGCUAAUUAGCCUUCAAACAACUGCUGGGCCCUGGGUUUAAUUUGCGGUUACAGGUCUGACUGAAAGCUUAAAAACAUUAAGGGUAGGGUUCAAGUUAGAAGACCUUUAAUGUAGUAGACCUGAAAAUUAAACCUUCCAGUGUGAAUAUCAAAGAACACUUCUUAAAAAGCAGCAUUUGGACAGAUUCCUGUUUAAAACAGCUAUUUUAGAGCAUCUAUAAUUCUUUCAACAGAGAAUCCAUGGCCGCAACACAUGCGUGAAAUCACAGGUCUUGGAGUUGUGGAUCUGUUGGAUUGCACACUUCAUUUACACCAACAAUGGUAAUGAAUAAAUUAUUGCUACCAUUCUUAUUUUUCAAAUUUGCAUCUUGUAAUCUACUUGUGUUAGAGGAGUGCUCAAAUAAAAACUUGUGAAUUUCCUUUACAGUCUUCUUGAUGAUUAUCCUGUCGACCACAGAAACGUGAAGUUAAAAGCAAUUAAAGAAAGGUUUGUUUGUUUAUGACCCCAGUGUAUUAUAUUUAUUUACCCCUUAAGACCCAAUAGUCUCCAAACUGAUCUCCAUACUUUUCCUUAAACAUUUCAUUGAGAGAAUGUAAGAAAAAAUCAAAGCAAUGGUGAUCAUUUCAAGAAUUCUCAUUACCUUUUUUCUUGAUUAUAUACGGUUAGUCAUUACAGGGAAAUCUUAGACCUCGGCCUUGAUGUAUUGGCAGAGCAAUAGCGAGGUCAGUAGAUCGAGAUUUCCCAGUAAUGACCGAGCGGACGAGGUUAAUAAAUUACUUAUUGUACGGCCUUUUCAUUAAAGACCUGAGCCUGAGAUCAAUUAAAACCAAGAACUGGUCAGCAGAUAACUUUGAAAAACACGUCACCUCAAUGAGCUUAACACUUAAUCCUGUGAUACAGUCAUGUGACACUGGUCAGCGAUGACCCUUUUUUGACAGCUGUCAAUCAACCAUAGCAUGGAUGUCUAUAAGGGUGCCCACUAUCAAGUUAAACACAGAUUGUAUAUGCCUUGGACACCAAGCUAGUAAUGCUCGGUCAUCACAAGAACAUAAUGCCCGCUUAGCAGCCAAUCAAAGCGUCGUACUAUUGUAGCCAUACAAUAAGUUUUGAUAUUGUAUGGAGGAAAUUUAUGUUGGUCAGUCUUGGGAUUUAAAGUGUUCAUUAGUUUGAUUCCCAAAUUUUCCAUGGCAGACUUCUGAGAGUUAGAAGAGCUUGUCCUUUCAACCUCGUUCCCUGAGUUACAAGUAAGAAAGAACCCUGGGACCAUGGUUUCAAGUCUGCUUUGUCUAAUUUUUAUUAUAGUUUUUAUUUUUUGUUUUUAUUUUUCUCAGAUACUCGGAUGAACGUUUCAUGAAAGUUAGUGAAAUCAAGGUAAGCUGUUUUGCGGAUGAUUCAUACUACAUCUAAAUUGGCUACUGUAUUUAUCUUCCAUGCGAGAUAAGUGAGAUAAAAAGUAUGAUCAUCAUCAGUGGUCUCGAGUCAUAAUAGUCACUAGAGUUUAUCAUCGUAGAAAAUUUCUGUCCCUAGAUAGCGUACUUUUAAAUGACUGAAUUGAGGUUACACUUGAGCCUCGGUAUGGGUAUUUUCGACGAAGUCUAAGUCGCGACGAUCGCGUAACAAUUGUAAUCAAGUUUGACAAUGUUAGUCGUGCAAUGACGGCAAAGAAAUCUGCCGAAAAGUGUGCUGCAUGUUCAGAGUUUUUACUUUGCUUAUUUUCUCGUUUUCGUCGUCCUUGUGGUUACGCUGAGCUCACUAGCAGCGUUACCAGGCCACGCCAGACAAUUGUUGAUAUGCGACGAUUUAGCCAGAAAGACCGAUUAUUUGAUGGAUACCACACGACGAAAUCGACGUCCGCAGGUACCCAUACACAGAGGCUCACACUUUAUUAAGUCAAAGGUAAAAAUUCGCAUUUCCCAACUAAGGUACCCGUACAUAGUGCCACAGAAUUGAUUUCACUUGUUUUCGCAGGUUCCUGGACGUGAAGAAUUACGUCAGUAUAUCCUUCCUAUCGCUCUUCAAUCAGCCAUGCAAAGUGGUAAGCGAUGUCUCGUCACUGGCCGGACAAAGUCAGCGGCAAGACAAACAGGACAAAUUCAUCAGGGCGGUGUUGAUGACAGCGUUUUGAAUACAAGCGUGGGGAGUUUGUCCGAAAGUGGUUACGAUGGAGACAUGGAGGAUGAAGGUGAUUUGAACGCCGAUGAAAUGCUAGAUGAGGAGCUUUGUAGUGAAUUCGACGACCAAGGUGUGGUAAACAAGCAGUCAAAGGACUCUUCAUUCUUAAAUUGGGCCGAGUCUACAAGAACUAGCUCAACGCCUAGUAUUCUUUAUCCCAAUGGUUCUCAAAACGGAUUUGAUUUUGAAGUGCAAGAGAUGGAGACGGACCCUGAACCGGUGUUAAUUGACAAUGAAAUUCACAGCGCCAACGAGUUGUGCAUUCCAGUUGCCUUAGAAGCGGAUGAUACUAUGGACUUGGAAGAAAGUUGCUCAAAAUCUAGACCUUCGAAUGUGCAAAGAAGACAACCUCUAAGAGCUAUUGAGAACGGUAAUAUUACAGCAAGGGCUCCCAUUUCUCUGAAGUCCCAACGAAGAUCGUCUGCUUGGAGCAGAUCAACAACUCACUAA